AUGGCAGGGUCUCCCGAAGAUCAACAACGCUCGCCGUCGAGCCAAACGGAAGUCGACCACGCAAAAGCAGACGAAAACACCCGCACUGUUGAAAAUGGUUUCGCGAAACUUCACGAGAAGCCCCAUCAUGCGGUCGGAUUCUGGGACCCUUCGAUGAGGAAAGUUCGCGCCCAUGUCAUUCGACUCUGGCUUCAAACGAUUGCGAUCCUGUUCGCGUUUAUCCUCGCGGUCCUCUCGCUUUACUGGGCGGUUCUCUUCCGCACUGAAGCGAACUUGCGGUCAGUCGUCGUGCAUGUCGUCAACUUUGACGGCCAGGUCGCGCCAUACGAGUCUAUCCAACCGAUCGUCGGUCCGACUGUCAUCCAGACGAUUCAGAAGACAUUGGACAGCCCGGGGCCUUCACUUGGAUGGACCAUUCUACAACCAUCAGACUUCAAUAACGACCCUACGGCCGUGCGGAUGGCUGUAUAUGACUUCAAAAGCUGGGCGGCCGUGAUCGUCCACGCGAAUGCGACUGCAGCCCUACAAGAAGCCGCGGCGAUAGGUGAUGCGAAUUAUGAUCCAGCAGGCUCAUUGCAAAUCAUUACUCAGACUGCGCGAGACUCAACGACAUAUCAAAGCGAUAUACAGCCAUACAUCACGCAAUUCACAGAGCAGUUUAGCCAGGCCUUUGGAAAGCAAUGGGGGCAGACUGUCAUGUCCAAUGAUUCCCUGAGCCGCGAGAACCUGGCAAGAGCGCCUGCUGUUGUCAAUCCCGGAGUCGCGCCGUUGAUGAUCGACAUACGACCUUUUACACCGGCUACUGCAACGCCUGCAGUCAGCAUUGGACUCAUCUAUCUAAUUAUCAUGGCCUUCUUCUCAUUCUCUUUCUUUUUACCGAUCCACAUGAAAUACAUCCAGCCUCAGGGACACCCGCCUCUCAAGUUCUGGCAACUUAUUGUAUGGCGAUGGAUUGCUACAGUCUUCGCCUACUUCUUGAUUUCUCUGGCUUAUAGCCUCAUCUCCCUGGCAUUCCAGCUCCCCUUCGGAGCUCCUCCUUAUUCCCCAACAGAGCCUCCGCCGCAAACAGGCGCGACCGCCUACGGGAGCGGCACAUUUCCGGUAUAUUGGAUGCUCAACUUCGCGGGCAUGACGGCGCUUGGUCUUGCGUGCGAAAACGUCGCCAUGAUCGUAGGACAACCAUGGACUGCUCUAUGGCUCAUCUUUUGGGUUAUCACCAACGUGUCAACGUCCUUCUAUGCCCUCGAUCUGUCUCCUGGAUUCUACAGCUGGGGCUACGCUUGGCCACUACACCACGUCGUCGAGGCCAGUCGUCAGUUGAUGUUCGAUUUGCACUCGAGGAUCGGUCUCAACUUUGGUGUUCUGUUUGCAUGGGCUGCGGUGAACACGGUCUUCUUCCCUUUCUGCUGCUAUUUCAUGCGCUGGAAAACAGAACACGAUAAGCGCAAGGCGGAGAGAGACAAGGAUCGUUAUGUUGUUGAAACUGCAGAAGGAACUGAACAAGAGGUGAGGAAACCAGAAGGUUCGAAUCCACCGAUUCGCAAGCGAGGAUUUAUGAGAGGGCUAUGA